GAUAAAGAGUAUAGCUAGAUGUAUUAAUAAAAAAAUGCGAUAGCAAUAAUUAAAAUUUUAUUUUUAAACAAUUUAUCAAGAUGCUUCGUACGAUUAAGUUGUCAACUAAAUAUUCACCAAUUAAAUAUAUAUUUAAUAAUGGUACUAUACGAUCUCUAGCAACUGAUGAUAGUGGAAAUGAAAAAAAAAGUAAGAGAUUAGAGGAAUUUAGGAAAAAAUUACGUGAAACUACUCCAAUAGAUAAACUGGAAGAAUUCGAAGAAGGAAAACAUCCUUAUCAGGAAAAAGAACCUCUGAAACCAUUUCCUAAUAAUACCAAUCCAGAAACAGGAGAAAUUGGAGGACCUAAAGGUCCUGAACCAACACGUUAUGGUGAUUGGGAACGAAAAGGUCGUGUAUCAGAUUUUUAAAAUAUUAUAAAUAUAGAAUUAAAUUGAAAUUAGGUUGAUAAACAAGUGAAAAUAAACAAGUGAGUUUAAUUUA